CUACAAGCUACAUCAAACACAGCAUUAGUCUGAACGGGUUUGUUGUUCUGCCCACUGACAGUGAACUGAAACAGUGAGGCUUCACUUGACACAAAAGCAACUCAGCUUCUUUAGAACGGCUUUUGUAAUGCUAGAUAAUUGCAUUCAGACAAAAAACUAAUUAAAAUUAAAAUAUUUUUAUCAGCAAAGUGACACCCCUGUUCAUUUCAGUUAAGCUACAAUUUUCUGUAUACACCAAUACGACAUGAAGGUCAGUGCUCUCUGCAUCACACUGUUGAUGAGCAUCAUGAUUCUGCUGUUUGUACAGUAUCAGAAAGUUGAUGCAGUUUUUCUUCGCAUCAUUCCAAACAGAUUGCAGUUCUUUGUAUAUGAAUCACUAACAUUUCACUGUGAAGGAGUCGAUUACUGUGAAGUUGUGCAUAAAUUCAGAGGGAAAAUAAAAUCAUGUAGUGAAGUUACUGAGACAAGACCAACAGGAUCAUCCUGCCGUGUUAGAAUUGUUUAUACAGACGACAGUGGAGAGUACUGGUAUGAGACUGAAGCAGGGAGAAGAAGUAAUGUUAUCAACCUCUCUGUUACUGCUGGUCCUGUGAUCCUGGAGAGUCCUGCUGUUCCUGUAUUAAUGGAAGAAACGGUGACUCUGAGCUGCAGAAAGACAAUUUCUUCCUCCAACUUCAAAGCUGAUUUCUACAAAAAUGGACGUCUCAUCCAUACAAGCGUCACAGGAAACAUGACCAUCCACAGGAUUUUCAAAUCAGAUGAAGGAUUUUACAAAUGUAUUAUCUCAGGAGUUGGAGAAUCACCAGAGAGCUGGCUGAAAGUCACAGUGAUAAUUUGA